CUUGACGCUCUGGAAACCUCACUCUCUGAAAUGAAAGAAUUGUUAAAAUCUCACCUUCUCGGCAAUGACCGGCCAAUGAUAAGAGAUUUUGCGAAUCAAAUGCACGGAACAAGCAGCAAUUUAAACCCGAGAAAAGAUAUCGAUAGCCAAGCCACGAGGCAUGUGCCAUCGGAGACCGAUAUAUCGGCAACCACCGACAUCCAACCAGCACCAAUCGCAGUGGUGCGCCACGUUGGAAGUCUAAUCACCGAGCGGGUGACAACUGGGGAAAACGACUCGCUUCGGGGAAAUAUGACCCAGAUGGGCUUGGAUUCAGACAACUUCGCCAGUGUUUUCAAGCAUGGCUUCGACCAGAUAUCAUCAUGGUACCCAUUCCCACAUGAAACUCAUACGGAUCUAAAGCAGAACCAUCCUCUGCUAUUUGCCAUGUGUCUACUAGCAGGUAUUCGGGCAACGGCUGGUCUAAACCGCACAAACUUGCACAUAACCCUUCAUACAUUGGUCAAGUCUCACUUGGGCAUGAAGACUCUAGAGACGCCCGUUGAUAUCUCUACCAUACAUGCCAUGCUUAUUUUCAGUGCUUGGAGCUUUGGACCACUUGUGCCAGGUGGUAAGUAUAUCGACAGCUGGCUGAUGAGCAGCACGACUAUCACCCACUGCAUGCUCAGCUUCCCUCUAUCUGAGCUUGUGUCUCUCGUAGGAUUGUACGAUGAAACCAAUCGGAACAUGUGCAGGAUGUGGAUUCAGGCGUCGCUGGUGCAUCUAAAAUUUGCAAUCGGCACCGGUCGGCCAUCAGUGGUUCCAUGCGAACGUCUUCAUCAGUGGACGGAGAUUGUCAAGUACCCCGGGUUUGAAGCGUUCGAUCACAUCAUUGCAGCAGAGCUCAAGCUCUAUAUUCACCUGUACGAAGCUAUCUACCACACCGUCAGCUCCGUGCCAGAGGCCUGGGAAAUGGUCAAUAGAUGGGGACGCAAAUACCUUGGAGAAGGCACCGAUGUACUAAGAUGGGCGCACUCUUGCGCGUCUCUCAUACUAUCUCGCUGGGAACUGGCAAAGCAUAAUCAAACCACGUCUCCCGACUCGCUGAUGCGCAAUGAGCGUACCAAUGAGCUGACCGAAACGGUGAUUCGCCAUGCUCAGCUGGUAGUGAGAGAGAUUCUUAUCCUCUCCACCGCUGAUAAUGCGUUUGUUAGACCAACAUACGACUACCUGCUUACCGCAUACGCGGGCAUUACCCUAGCGGAGUACUGCUCGAGUAUAUCGGAUGUGCACGCAACAUAUACGUUGAUGGAGGAUGUACGGACGCAGGCUAGGAUCCCUAGGAGUAUUGAGGGGGUAUUUAGUUGGGCAACGAAUGUUGUACAGAAGAAGGCAAAGGACUUUUUGGAUUUGAAAGCGGCAGUAGUUCCCGAGGACACCUUUUAUUCAUAUCCAGGCUCGGUCGCAGACUGGGCGCCGUUUCGGUUUAUUGACUCAAUGCCCGCUUCUGACUGGGAGGCGAUGAAUGGGCCUAUGCAACAAUUUUAA